AUGCUUCGUAAACUUCAAACAGAGCUGCUCGAAGCUACGCCAACCUCUCGAAAAGAAGCAAUGUGUUGGGUGUAUGAUAGCAUGAGUGCGCGAACAGAAAAGUAUGACAUUCGCAGCAAGUUCACGCAUCGGCUGCUGGACGAGCUCGUUCCAAGCGAUGAAGUUUUUUCAAAAGCUCUUCUUCUGUAUUUCUGCGAAUGCGGUUCGGCAAAUUCUGUCGUCGAUUUGAUGACGCCGACUGAGUGGCGAAAGUUUUUCGUCAGCGAGGACGAGGCAUCCUCUUCGGGAAUACUCAAAUCUUUCUUUGGAAAUUUCAGAUAUGAUGGCGAUCAUUUGAAAGGGGCCAAGGCUCUCCAGCAAUACGCGUUGAGGAGAAGGGAAAAGGUAUGGAAUCAUUUGCGCUGGAAGAAAAAAUCUCAAUCGCCCAUUGUUUGCGCGACGAAACCGGGAACAUUCUGUGAAUUGGAUGUAGAAAAAACUCUGCAAGGACCAUUUGGUGAGGAAGAGUGUGGAUUUUGGUCGAGCAAAGAUUUCGUUAACAUGUCUUCGUGA